ACUCUGCCCCCAGGGACAGGAAUUAACCAGGCCGGGCGUCUUUAGCUCCAACUUGGGAUCCCUGAUCAGUGUGAGCAGAGCCAGAGUCAGAGAAACAUGGAGUCCAAUGCAGUCCAGCUGACGAGGAUGGAAUAUGCCAUGAAGUCCCUCAGCCUUCUCAACCCCAAGUCCCUCUCCAGGUAUGUGGCAGUGAGCACCUCGGUGGUCACCCAGCAGCUGCUGUCGGAGCCCAGCCCGGAGCCCCUCAGAGCCCGGCCCUGCAGAGUGAGCACCCAGGACCGGAGUGUGCGGAAGGGCAUCAUGGCGCACAGCCUGGAGGACCUCCUCCACAAGGUCCGGGACACCCUGAUGCUGGCAGACAAGCCCUUCUUCCUGGUGCUGGAGGAAGAUGGCACAGUGGUAGAGACAGAAGAGUAUUUCCAAACCCUGGCAGACGACACAGUGUUCAUGGCCCUCCAGAAGGGGCAGAAAUGGCAGCCCCCAUCAGACCAGGGCUCUAGGUACCAACUCUCCCUCUCCCGUAAGCCUGCCAAGAAGAUCGACGUGGCCCGAGUAACUUUUGACCUGUACAAGUUGAACCCACAGGACUUCAUUGGCUGCCUGAAUGUAAAGGCAACUCUCUAUGGCACAUACUCCCUUUCCUACAAUCUUCACUGCUAUGGGGCCAAGCGCGUCAUGAAGGAAGCUCUUCGCUGGGCCCUCUUCAGCAUGCAGGCCACAGGCCACAUGCUGCUCGGCACCUCCUGUUACAUGCAGCAGCUUCUGGACGCCACAGAGGAGGGGCAGGCCCCUAAGGGCAAGGCCCCAUCCCUCAUCCCGACCUGUCUGAAGAUACUGCAAUGAAGGCCCAAGUCCUCGAAGGCCUUCUCCAGCCAAGGACUAGCCUG